UCAGUAACCUAUCGACUUUGAAGCGUGUUUGGAAGCUUCAGUGUCUGAGAAAGAAGCUGAAGGUGGAUUUUAAGUGAAACUUAAAAGUUGUACCAGGCGAAGAUUCCACCUGAUUCCAGCAAAUAUGGAAGGAAAACUCACUUGUUACCAGUGUGGGAAGACUUACACCCACAUGCAUCAGUUUAAGACACACCAAUGCAUCCACAGUGAAGAAACACCAUAUAAGUGUGACCCGUGUGGGAAGAUAUUCACCCAUGCGUCUUCCCUUAGGACACACCGGUGCAUCCACAACAGAGAAAGACCAUAUGCAUGUGAGCAGUGUGGAAAGGCUUUCAUCAAAAAGGAGGUGCUUAAAAUCCACCUACGCAUCCACAGUGGAGAAAGACCACAUGGCUGUGACCAGUGUGGGAAGACUUUCAUCCAAGCGUCUACCCUUAGUAAACACCUACGCAUCCACACUGGAGAAAGACCAUAUAAGUGUGACCAGUGUGGGAAGACUUUCACCCAGAUGUGUCACCUUAAGUCACACCUAAGCAUCCACAGUGGAGAAAGACCAUAUGACUGUGAACAGUGUGGGAAAACUUUCACUCAGAUGAGUAGUCUUAAGAAACACCUGCGCAUCCACAGUAGACAACGACCAUAUCACUGUGAACAGUGUGGGAAAACUUUCACCCACAUGAGCAGUCUUAACAUACAUAUACGUGUCCACAAUGGACAAAAACCAUAUUAUUGUGUACAGUGUGGGAAGACAUUCGCCCACAGUAGUUGCCUUAAGACACACCUACGCUUCCACAGUGGAGAACGACCAUAUCACUGUGACCAGUGUGGGAAAACUUUCACCGAGAUGAGUAACCUUAAGAGACACCUACGCAUCCACAGAGGAGAAAAACCAUAACACUGUGACCGGUGUGGGAAGGCUUUCAGAGAGAGAGAGAGAAAGAGAGAUACUUUUUUAAUCCCAAGGGAAAUUUAAGUAUUCAGCAGCUUUACAUGCAGCACAUGACAACAAACAGACAGACCCACACCAAACAAAC